GACUAUGCUUUAUUCGCUGCGCUCAAGACGUCCCCAAAUGCUGUUACUCGCGCAGCACUUCUUCCGGAUUCUGCGUUCAAAUUCGACUUCAUCAAUCCCCCGGACGUACCUUUCGCCCGACUCGAAGGCAAAGGCGGCACGCUCGUAAAUGCUAUAAGCUUAACUAUGCCGGCGCUAGUUGGGAACGGGGCUGCCGCUGCGAUAGGGUUUACCAAGCCUUGUGGGUUCAAUACUCCACACACGCACAAUCGUGCCACCGAGCUCGCGAUCGUCGUCAAAGGCCGCAUGAUCACCGAAUUCGUUUCCGAAACUGGCGUACGAAAGAUCCGCAACGAGCACCAGACGUAUUCCAUGGCGGUGUUCCCGCAGGGCGCACUCCACUUGGAGUUCAAUCCCGACUGCGAAGAGAUGAUUUUCGUGGCCACUUUCAAUGACGAAGAUCCUGGCCUUAACACGCCCGCAGAGUCACUGUAUAUGCUAGACGAUGACUUCGCGGGCCUGGCGCUGGGUUUGGAGUUCCUUCCUGGUGCGGAUAUCGACAAGUUUCGACAUUUGGUCCCGGCUACGCUCGCCCAGGGAGUGGAGAGUUGUUUGAGGAGGUGUGGCAUCGAGAAGAAU